ACACCCCAACGCAAAUCGAACUCGCUUCGCUUUACUUUUUCGCCAAAAGAAAAGAAAGCUCGCUCCGCUUCCGCCGCCGCCUAAAUCGAGACCAUGGACAGUGCCGCCUCCGUCGCGGGAGCGCCCCCGGCGGUGCCGCCCGCGGUGCUGUGCGCCGCCGAGGAGGCCCUGGCUGCCACCGAGUCCGUGGGGGACCACCUCGCCGAGAUGCUCGCCGCGGCGGCCGAGGACCCCGACGCCAUAGCCGAGCUCCCGCCCCUGCAACGGGCGCGCGCCUUCCUCGCCGUAGCCCACGCCGCGACCUCCCUCUUCUCAGUGCGGCUGCGGUGUUCGGGGAUAAAUCCGGACGAGCACCCUAUCAAGAAGGAGUUCGAGAGGUUAAGCCUGUGGCAGGAGAAGUUAAAUCGAUUGAACGAAUGGGACAAGGGUACUUGACUUAUUCACUCUUGCUGCGUGCUUGGCUUACAAAUUGAUAUCCAGCCACCAGCAUACUUCAUCGUC